UGGUCCAAUUCUAGCGCUCACUGGUGUAAAAAUAUUUUUCCAGCCCUGUUUGGUAGCUGUUUGGUUAGAAGUUCUGACUCCAUAGUUGCGAUUGGAUACUUUCACAUUUCCUGAGUAUCUAGUUCCGCCUCUCAAUACAUACAUGGUAGUGGACCUUCCCUUUCGCUUCGUCAUCUUGUUUAACAAAAUAACCUACCGUAACGUUUUGGAUCAUAAAGCGACACCAAAAGUAUGUCUGUUACAACAGAUCACAUCCGUGACAAACUAAUCAAGGAGAUCGGAGCGGUGCAUGUGGAAGUUGAAGACACAUCCCCUAACAGAUGUGCUGCCAGCUUCAAAGUUCUAAUAGUGUCUCCCCAGUUUGAGGGGAAACCACUGCUGGCGAGACACAGGAUGGUGAACACCUGCUUGGCUGAAGAGCUAAAAGAGAUCCAUGCCUUUGAACAGAAGACGCUGACACCAGAACAGUGGGAGAAACAGAAUGCACAGUGAUGAAGACACACACUGACCAUAUUUACUUGACAACUUAUUAUGUGUAAAUAAGCAACACUUGCUCACACAAUGUUGACUUUCUGGCCUAACGUCAAUGAUGACUGAAAUUAAGUAUUAAACAUGAUGACAAAACAAUCCUGGUCCGAAUUCCUUAAUGAUUGAAUGAGUGUACUGAAACUUCACUUUCAGUUUUUGUUGUGGAGGUAUGUGAUUAUUACUGACAUUAUACCAAAUUGUUAUUAGGAAUGGAACAACGCAUAACACGGAACGGGCAGAAAAACUCAAAUGAAAUCUUAUCACUUAAGUAAACCAUUACUGCUUUUGUCGGUCAUAACAAUGAAUGACUUGACUCAAGGAAAUGGCUUUUCAGAUGGGAAAGCCCCAAAUAAAAUGAUUUAUGUGAGAUCAAGUGUGUAAAUGAAUAAAAUGGGCUGGUAUAGCUUUGA